CUUCUCUUUCAGGAUGUAGAUGCAGCUUACAUGAACAAGGCUGAGCUGCAGGCUAAAGUGGACAGCCUGAUAGAUGAAAUCAACUUCCUGAGGACCCUCUAUGACAUGGAGCUGUCCCAGAUGCAGAAUCAUGUCAGCAACAUGUCUGUGGUGGUGUCCAUGGAUAAUAACCGCUGCCUGGACCUGGACAGCAUCAUAGCCGAGGUCCGUGCUCAGUAUGAAGAGAUCGCCCAGAGGAGCAAGGCGGAGGUUGAGGCCCUGUACCAGACUAAGCUUGGGGAGCUGCAGACCACAGCUGGCAGGCAUGGGGACGACCUACGAAGCACCAAGAAUGAGAUCAUGGAGCUCAACAUGAUGACCCAGAGGCUGCGGGCAGAGAUCGAGAAUGUUAAGAAGCAGAAUGCCAACCUGCAGACAUCCAUUGCAGAAGCUGAGCAGCGUGGUGAGAUGGUUCUCAAGGAUGCCAAUGCCAAGCUUCAAGACUUGCAGAGCGCCCUACAGCAGGCCAAAGAUGACCUGGCUCAUCUGCUGCAUGACUAUCAGGGGCUGAUGAACAUCAAGCUGGCCUUGGAUGUGGAGAUUGCCACCUACCGCAAGCUCCUGGAGGGUGAAGAGUACAGGAUGUCUGGAGAGUACCUGAAUUCUGUGAGCAUCUCGGUGGUCAGCAAUACCACCAGCACGAGCAGCAGCUCUGGAGGUUUCCGAGGAGUCAAUGGCAGUAGCAGCAGUGGCUACAGAGGAGGAAGCAGCAGUGGCGGCACCAGAGGCAGCAGCGGUAGCAGCUAUGGACAGGACAGGAGAAGUGGGGGCAGGGCUGGCAUGAAUAGCUACCAGAGCAGCAGCAGCAGCAGCGGCAGCAGCAGCAGCAGCAGCGGGACCAGGCUCGGCAGUGGAGGCAGCAGCUGUGUGAGCCAGCGUGGAGCGGGUUUUGGCUCUGCCUGCAUCCAGACCUCAGUAGGCUACAAGUCUGCUUGUGGAGGCAAUAGCAGUCACCACUUCUCCCAGAUCACUACCAGCUCCAGCCAGCAGUGCCCCAAGUGA